AUUACCCGAGCUCCAAUAAACAAAGUGAAAAUGGUGCGAGCAAAAACUGGUCAUGUUUGCUGUUAAUGUUAUAGCGAGUAGAUGGGGGAAGAAAAAAAUAACAAUUCAAUCCAAAUAAAUAAAAGAUAGCAAAAACAAAAGCUCACAGUCGGAAUUUGGAGAAAUUGGAUCAUAAGUUUGUUGGUUUGCAUUGCUGAAUAUGGGAGAGACAGAGAAAGCAAAAAGUGAGACAACACGCACUGACUCGAGUAUCCAGAAAAAGGAAAAGGAGAAAAAGAAAAGGUCCAGGGUCAACAAGGUGCUUUCUGAGAUUAAAAAACAGGUCGAGUUUUGGUUUGGUGAUGUGAACCUACACAAAGACCGAUUCCUUCGGGAACAGAUUCAGAAAUCCAGAGAUGGAUAUGUUGACACUUGCGUGCUGACAGCAUUCAACAAAAUGAAAAAGCUAACCACAGAUGUAAAGUUAAUAGCAAGGGCGUUAAAAAACUCAAAUAUCGUUGAGCUGAAUAUAGAAGGAACAAAAUUAAGGCGUCGUGUGGCCUUGGGAGGUCAGCCACAAGAUGUUGAUGACCGUACAGUUUAUGCGGAGUUGCUACCCAGAAACGUUUCACAUGGUUGGAUAGACAGAGUGUUCAGUAAAUGUGGAAAUGUCGUCUACAUCAGCAUCCCUCGUUACAAAACAACUGGUGACCCAAAAGGAUUUGCCUUUGUGGAAUUUGAAACUGCAUCAGGAGCUCAAAAAGCUAUUGAGCUGUUGAACAAUCCACCAGAAGAUGCUCCACGAAAGCCUGGAGUUUUCCCCAAAACUGUAAAAAAUAAACCAGUUCCUGUGUUCAGCUCCACUGACAAUGUUGAUACAAACAGAAGUACAGAUGAGAAGAAAAAAAAGAAAAAAAAGAAACCUCGAAAAUCAGAAAACCAGUCAACUGCAGAGCCAAUGGAACAGUCCCACCCCAGCCUGGACAAAGGAAAGGGGAGCAGAAUGACAUCGGACUGUUCAGAAAAUGAUGUUGCAGAUCUCAGCAGAAGUAAGUCAAAAGGUGAGACACGGAGACGAGAUAAAACUGAAGAGACCAGUCGAAGAAAGCGGAAACGAAGUAGCCCUGGAAAGCUGGAUGAAGGAUCCUCUGCAAAAAUGAGAAAAAUCAGUGACAGAGAAAAAGAGAAGACAGAUAGUGAAAAAGACAUUAAAGAUAUUUCAACAGAAGAUGAGCGUGGUUCUGGAGACAAGAAGGAUGAGUCCCUGUCGAAAAGCAAGAGAAAAAGGAAAAAGAAACACAAAGAUAGGCACAAGGUAGAAGAAGAAGUUAUUCCUCUCAGAGUUUUAUCCAAGAAAGAGUGGAUGGAUUUGAAACAAGAGUACUUAAUGUUGCAGAAGUCCAGCAUGUCCACUUUAAAGAAAACUAUGCUACAAAUCAAACAGCAAAAUGGUGGAGAGCUGAUGGAUGUGACAGUCAAAAACAAAGAAGAACUUGAAAACAAUAAAGCAAUGGUUAACAAUGAAGGAGCCCAACCCUCUGUGAAGGUUAACACCCUGGGGCCUCAGUUUGUGAGUGGAGUCAUUGUGAAGAUCACCAGUACUGAAUCCCUGCUGGGCAGGAAACGGAUCAAGGAUGCUUUGUUGGAAACAUCAGAGGUUUUGUACGUGGACCUGCUUGAAGGUGAUACUGAGGGACAUGCUCGGUUUAAAACUCCUGCAGAUGCCCAGACUGUGAUGAGGGCACAGCGAGAAAUACAGAACAAGUACAACUGGAAACUUGAACUUCUCUCAGGUGACAGUGAACAACGCUAUUGGCAGAAGAUUUUGGUGGAUCGACAAGCAAAACUAAACCGACCCCGGGACAAAAAACGGGGCAUGGAGAAGUUGAUUGGCAAGGCCGAGAAAAUAAUUGUGGCCAAGACACACACAGCUGGCAAGCAUAUACAUUUCUCUGACGAAGACUGAAGAUGAUCACGCCAGUACUUUUUGUUCCAUUUCUGGAGUUGUUUUAAUACUCUGAAGAAUUUUAACAGUUUUGUACAGAUUUUGAAUAUCGUUUGCAUUGCGCAGUGAUAUUCACGAUCGUAGCUUUUAGAAAAUAUAGGAUAUGUUUGACUUUCUGAACAUUCUGUGUGUUAUUUGUGUUCUUAUUGUUUUGAUGUAAUGAUUUAAAAGCCAUAAAUCUACUUCCAUGAUUGUCUUUGGUUAUUAAAGCUGCUUAGUUGCAUUGAAAUAGCAGCAAGAUGACAUUGGAUACUCAUUUUCAGUGCUUAACUUUCUACAUAAAUGUAGAAUUUGGUUCUGUGAAACUGCAUUCAAAAUAGCCACUCUGUAAACUUUUAAUGUGCAGUUUUCUGUAAUGCAUUUUUAUGUAUUUCAUCAGAUCUCCACAAGCAUUCAGCAGUUGCUUGUGGAUGUGUCCUUGCCAGAUAUGGACAUUGAAACAAAAUUAAGUCAGGCAUGUGUGCUAUUUAUGAGGAGUUUUCAGAUUCUAAAAGUUAACAGUUCAUUCCUGGGUUUGAGGUAUGUGAUCUCAGUCAGCGAACCUCCACAUUUGGAAAGAGAAACAUCAUGCUGCUGAUCGCAAUAUCCUAGUUUCUGCUGAAAAUUGUACCCAUGUAGUCAUCAGGUGGGAGCGAUCUCCAGAGCUGGUCACAAGCUGUGGAAAAUGACGAUUUGAUUGAGAUACUGGAGUCUCCUGGUACAGCCUGUUGAGUAGAAAACUAUCUCACUUUGCAUUGGUAAUAAAAUGUGAGGCUGGAUGAACACAGCAGGCCAAGCAGCAUCUCAGGAGCACAAAAGCUGACGUUUCGGGCCUAGACCCUUCA